AUGGGACAGACAGAGCCUGGGCUCCUCUUCGUCUCCCCACACGAUAUGGUUCGAGCAGACACCCACCCUACCAUCUAUUCGGAUGAUGAUCAGCUGGUUUGGCAAGGAGUCAAUGGGAAUCACACGGCCUUGGAGCCGCAGAUGCUAAACGGCGAGCCUGUGAUUGCUUAUUGGGAAGGACUCACGGGCUCGGGUUUUGGAUUCGGGCAUAUCAGCAUCAUCUGUAGCUCGUAUGACGAGAUACAUCGGGUUACUCUGAGCUGCAAGGACCAGAACUUCGUCACUAGUUAUGACCCAAUACUAUUUUAUUCAUGCAUUGAUCUCCAUGAGAUCCAGUUUACUAAGGAUGGAACCAUUCUGGUCACUGCAGUCAAUGUCCCCCAAGCCGAUUUGACCUCCAUGGGAGGGCCGAAGGAUGGGUGGAUCCAAGACGGCCUAAUUUACGAGAUUGACAUCAAGAAUAAAGAAUCUGUACACUACAGGCACAGUUGUUCCCAUGUUGCAUCAGCUUUAAUGAAUCACAUACAGAAUGAUAUUUCUCUGGCCAAGACAAUGUUGAAGCAAGUGCCUUAG